AUCAGCCAAUGUACUGGAAGCACUUAAGUCAUAAUCGGAGUCAAGUAAACAGCGCACUGGUUGGUAAGGCGCUUCUAUACCUAGGCGACCCGAGUUGACUUUUCAUGUUCCGACGCAUGUGCACUUCGGUUGGCGGUAACCACAGCAGCAGUAUCAUCUUAGUUCUCGAUUCCCCGUCCCAAUAAAAGAAUAAGUGAUUUUCACAUAAUGACCAAGAAAAUCAUUUUCCUCGUGAUACAGUUUGCCGUAACAACCGUCUUCGCCGACGACCAAGAAUGCAAUGAGCUUGGGGACUGUGACUGUGGGGAUGUGUGUCAUGAUGGAAAAUGUGUGGCAGGUUGCCACGUUUACGACGUGUUCGUCGCCGCCGGAACUCAGCGCACGGUGUAUGGACGCCGCUGUCAGUGCGACUCGGACACAGAUCCUCACGGCAGGGCUGUGAAGUGCGCAGAGGGAGUUGCAUUCGAGGGUAACCCGAUCCAUCACAUGAUGUACACCCCGAACCCCCGUUGCUAUCAUUCCGACGACGCACCAACUGCUUAGGAGAAAAGGAGCUUGUUCCCCUUUCCACAACCCGUCGUCAGCAUGUCCGUUUUGUGCAUGACUCGUACAUGCAAUGUAUUUAACAUUAAAACACAUAUGAAAACCUCA